AUGCCACGCUCCGAAGAAGCCGAGGCAUGGGCGAAUGCCGUGUACGCCGCCAUUCAAGAGAUUCCCUAUGGCAAAGUCACCUCAUACGGCCAUAUUGCUCUGCUUCUCGGUGAACCUCAAAGGCCCCGUCAGGUUGGUGUGUGCCUAAAGCAUAUGCCAGAUCCAGAGUCAGGACUUGAGUAUAAUUCGGCGACUGUGCCAUGGCAGCGGGUGAUCAACAGCAAGGGGAUGAUUUCUCACCGUGGACCCGGAAGUGCAGAGCGUCAAGCUGAAGCCCUUAGAUUGGAAGGGGUCGAGGUGCGCUCGGAGUCAAUGGGAGAAUUCCACGUGGAUUUCUCCCGCUAUGGAUGGUUUCCCAAGCAUUUGCCUAGCGAAGAGGGCGAUAGUGAUGAAGAUGACGGGGCUGAGUGA